AUGUCUACAACUAAUUUCGUAAAGUUGAACGGUAUAUCUUCAGAUGCAACUGCUAGAGAUGUAGAAGAGUUUAUGAUGUACUGUGGUAGUGUUCGUACCGUUGUACUAACCGCAGAUGCAAUGAGUGAAACUGGUCAAAGUGCUAUAGUUGAAUUUGAAAAUAGUAAUGGUGUUGAAAUGGCGCAACUUCUCUCAGGAGCAGUGUUUCAGCAUCAUGAGGUUCAUAUUGAGCCUUUUAAUGAUCAAAAAAAGAAUGUAGAAACAGAAAUAGGUGCGAGUACAGGAACGAUUCCUACUGGUAUUCCUACUACCACUACUACUACUACUACUGCUACUACUACAGUUCCAAAUCCCGAUUCCACUGAAAAUUAUAGACCACCGAGUCUUUUGCGAUCUGCGAUGGAGGCUAUGGAAAAACUUCAAGAGCGCAAAAUUUUAUCAAAAGGUGGUAAACUUCUCAAUCGACUUCGCGAAGAGGCUAAACAAGUUCCAAAAGGCAUUUCUUCAGUUACUCUGCAAGUAAUAGAUAGUGUUGAGAGUAACAAUGUUGCACCUGGUACAAAGGCAACACUAGAUCAAUGGGAUUACAUGCCUACACAACCACAAUGGGGUAAAAAAGCUGAAUGGGAUGAUAAAUAA